UCGAAUCGCCCGAUGUAAAUACCGCAAAAUACCAAACCUCCAAAAAGACAGGCACACCUGAGCGCACCUCGAAAAUAUUUUGAUGAAAUUCUGACCCUUUUCUGAAAAUUGUGAAAUACAGAGUACUCCAAGAUGUCGCGCCACAGAAUAGUGCGCACCAUGGACUACAACGACGAGUACGACGGGUACGACGACAUCUACGGCCACUCGGUGGAGGACGACCACCUUAGUAUCUCGCCCACGGAUGCCCAGCAGUGGCUCUACGAUCGAGCCCGUGGCCAGCAGAGCAUUUCGGCCUUCAUCAGCAAGAACAAGGACAUCCAGGAGGAGGAGGACGACGAGGACGAAGAAGCCGCCUUCGAGAAGGCCCGCCGUGACUCUGAGAGCUUCCAGAUGCCGCAGCUGGACGAGAUCGAGCAGGCCAAGCUGAGCUCCUGCGUGGACGAGGUGCGCAGCGUGGUGGGCGACGCCGUCUCCGAGCGCCGCAUCGUGGAGACCUCCAUGAAGUUCGACUACGACAUGCAAAAGAUCCUAGACGAGAUCUUAAACGAAGAGACUGCCAAGAAGUCGUCUGCCAAGCCCGCUGCGAGUCGGAUCAAGGUGCCCGCUGCUCCCGCUCCAGUGCUGCCCAAAUCCACCAGCAAAACGGCGCCCACGCCGCCGCCGAAAAUCAGCCUUAAGGAGCCGCGCCGAGGAUUUGAAAUACCCUCGCCCAAGGUGCCCUCAUCGCCCUCGGUCUCGGGCAGAAACACUCCCGUCGACAUUGGCGGCGACGACAUCUCUCGCAACUCGGCGACUCUCUUCAAGGUCUCAAAGGAGCAGGCCCUGCGCAAUGCCCGCCAGCUGUAUGAGAAGGAGCGGGCCGACCAGAAAAGCCACAUCCACAUGAUCGUCAUUGGGCAUGUGGACGCCGGGAAGAGCACCCUGAUGGGACAUCUACUCUACGACACCGGCAACGUCUCGCAGCGCGUGAUGCACAAGCACGAACAGGAGUCAAAGAAGCUUGGCAAGCAGAGCUUCAUGUACGCCUGGGUGCUGGACGAAACGGGCGAGGAGCGCGCCCGCGGUAUCACCAUGGACGUGGGCCAGUCGCGCAUCGAGACCAAGACAAAGAUCGUCACACUGCUGGAUGCUCCAGGGCACAAGGACUUUAUUCCGAACAUGAUAUCCGGUGCUACGCAGGCGGAUGUGGCUCUCCUGGUUGUGGAUGCCACCAGAGGGGAGUUUGAAUCCGGCUUUGAGCUCGGCGGGCAGACCAGGGAACAUGCCAUCCUUGUGCGCUCCCUUGGCGUUAACCAGCUGGGCGUGAUCAUCAACAAACUGGACACCGUAGGCUGGUCGCAGGAGCGCUUCACGGAGAUUGUGACCAAGCUAAAGUCCUUCCUCAAGCAAGCAGGCUUCAAGGAGUCCGAUGUGAGUUUCACGCCCUGCUCCGGACUGACCGGCGAGAAUCUCACCAAGAAGGCCCAGGAACCCGCCCUGACCAGCUGGUACAGUGGUCCGCACCUGCUCGACGUCAUAGAGAAAUUUAAGAUCCCCGAAAGAGCCAUCGACAGACCGCUGCGCAUGUCCGUUUCGGAUAUUUACAAGGGCACUGGUUCGGGAUUCUGCAUUUCGGGUCGAGUGGAAACCGGAGUGCUGUGCCUGAAUGACAAGGUACUGGUGGGCGCCAGCCGGGAGCAGGCGCAGGUCAAGUCGCUGGCCAUGAACGACUUCCCACAGACUAGUGUUUUCGCCGGCGAUCAGGUCUCCGUCACCCUGCCCGCCCUGGACAUUAACAACGUCGCCGUGGGUUGCAUCAUUUGCGAUCCCCAGACGCCCAUUCCCGUGACCACCCGAUUCCAGGCUCGCAUUAUCGUGUUCAACGUCAAGGUGCCCAUUACCAUGGGAUUCCCCGUGCUGCUGCACCACCAAUCCCUUAUAGAGCCCGCCGUGGUCAGCAAGCUGACCGCCUCGAUCCACAAGAGCACCGGCGAGGUGGUCAAGAAGAAGCCACGCUGCCUGGGGAACAACUCGUGUGCCCUUGUUGAGUUGGAGACCAGCAGACCCAUCUGCAUCGAGCGGUAUGCUGACUUCAAAGAGCUGGGACGUGUGAUGCUUCGCGUGGCGGGCGUCACCAUUGCCGCUGGGAUGGUCACCAAGAUACGCUAGGGCAACGACCGUGCUGAAUUUUGUACGAAAUUUUAGUUAGAUAUUACCUUAUGUUGUUUUGCUAAAUAUACAUAGUUUAUGUGAAUUGAUUAAAUCGAAAAAGACGUUGAAGCGGUGGAAUUGACACGAAGGAA